CUGGACCAGACGCUGGAGGAGUUCAAGGCGCAGUUCGGUGACAAACCCAGCGAGGGGCGGCCCCGCCGCACGGACCUGACGGUGCUGGUGGCUCAUAACGACGAUCCCACCGACCAGAUGUUUGUUUUCUUCCCCGAGGAGCCCAAGGUUGGAAUAAAGACCAUCAAGAUGUACUGCCAGAGGAUGCAGGAGGAGAACAUCACCCGAGCGCUGAUCGUGGUGCAGCAGGGCAUGACCCCCUCAGCAAAGCAGUCUCUGGUGGACAUGGCUCCCAAGUACAUCCUGGAGCAGUUCCUGCAGCAAGAGCUGCUCAUCAACAUCACAGAACACGAGCUGGUCCCAGAGCACGUUGUGAUGACCAAGGAGGAGGUGACGGAGCUGCUGGCCAGAUACAAACUGAGGGAGAACCAGCUCCCCAGGAUACAGGCCGGGGAUCCCGUUGCCCGGUACUUCGGGAUAAAGCGCGGUCAGGUGGUGAAGAUCAUCCGGCCGAGCGAGACCGCGGGACGAUACAUCACCUACCGGCUGGUGCAGUGA